CCGAUUCCCAGCUUCAACACCACCAUCAAACGGACCCUGAUACCGGCUUGGUUUGGAUUGAAUCUGGUCUGGCCUCUAACAAUCGAUAGAGCCGUCGCGUCACCAUCGAAAGACUGCCAUCAUGACAUUCUCCAAAGAGAUCCAUACCUUCCACUCUGGAAAGCCGCAGCCGCAAUCUGCCGGAUCGCACACCUUCCAGUCUCUCGAUCCUAGCACGGCCAAGCCAUUGGCAACAAUCUACACCACAACUGCCUCUCAGCUCAACGACGCCGUCUCCUCUGCUCAGAAGGCUUUCCCAGUAUGGUCGCAGACGCCUGCUCCAAAGCGAGCUGCCAUCCUCCUGCGCGCUGCCGCCAUCCUGCGAGAACGUAACGACGCGCUGGCCCGCACCGAGAUGCUGGAUACUGGCAAGGCUUGGUCCGAGACGUCUACGGUCGAUGUGGUCACUGGGGCCGAUGUCUUGGAGUACUACGCGCACUUCAUUGGCAACAGUCAGCCCGGACAGCACACAGCGUUGAGACCAGACGCAUACGUCCUUACCAGCCACGAGCCUCUGGGCGUUUGCGCUGGCAUUGGCGCUUGGAACUACCCCAUCCAGAUCGCUCUGUGGAAGUCUGCGCCAUGUCUGGCAGCAGGAAACUGCAUGGUCUACAAACCCAGCGAAGUAACGCCUCUUCACGCCAACACCUUGGCCGAGAUCUAUAUCGAGGCUGGCAUGCCGCCCGGAGUAUUCAAUGUUGUCUAUGGCGAUGGUCCCAGUGUUGGAGCUCCCCUUGUCGCCCAUGCGGGCAUCGCAAAGGUCAGCUUUACGGGACAGGUUAGCACCGGUAGCAAAGUAGCUAGCGAGGCCGCCAAGGGCAUGAAGAGCGUUACAAUGGAGCUCGGAGGCAAGAGUCCUGUUGUGGUUCUCCCAGACGCGGAUGUCGAUGAGGCAGCCGACAUCGCCAUGGCAGCCAAUUUCUUCUCUUCCGGCCAAGUUUGCACAAAUGGUACGCGAGUCUUCAUCCCCGAUACCCUACUAUCACGUGUGGAAGAAGCUCUUGUCAAGCGCUGCCGGGAGGGCAUCCGCAUGGGCCUGCCCCAAGAUGAAACGACCAAUUUCGGCCCAGUCGUCAGCGCCGCUCAGCGCGACAAGGUCAAUAUGUACAUCCGACACGGCAAGGAGGUCGACAAGGCAAAGGUUUUGUAUGACGGCGCGGUUGAUGCGCAGAAGAAUAAGCCCACGCCUGAUGGCUACUGGGUCCCGCCUGUCAUCUUCACCAACUGCACCGAUGAUAUGCGCAUUGUGCGCGAGGAAAUCUUUGGCCCUGUCAUGUCAAUCUUGCCAUAUAAGACACAGGGCAGGUCACAGGAAGAAUGGCUCCCGGAGCUGAUUCGACGCGCAAACGACACGGAAACUGGCCUGGCUGCUGGAGUUGUUGCCUCUGAUCUGAGUCUAGCGCAGAACGUUAUCCGAGAGCUGCAAGCUGGCAUCACCUGGAUCAACACCUGGGGAGAGUCUCCGGCCGAGAUGCCGGUAGGUGGAUGGAAGCUGAGUGGCGUUGGUGUUGAAAAUGGCUUCGAGGGUAUCAUGGCUUACAUGCGGAUAAAGAGCACGCUGGUACAACUGGGCAAGGGAGCAACCAAGGGGAUUUUUGCCAAACUAUAAGUUGAUCACCAGAGUUUGUUCUUUUUUCGCAAAAUGGCGUUAUCAUCGGUUGCAUGGGUCAAUCUAUGAACCUUAUAGCAGGGCAUAAAUAAGCGUCUCAUUUGUUUUUCGACGAAAUAAAAAUUCUUGAUCUCAAUCCUAUAUAUUGUGCAAUGCGAGUUGCUCUAUUUCGAAAUCUUACGAAUAUUCUUUUCCAAGCUAAUGAGAAGCAGCUACGAAGAUAAAGACGACUAUAUCGUGUCUCUUUAUCUGCAUGAUAUGAGAGGAUGACUUCGUUCGGCUGAAAAUAGUUAGCUAGUUCAAAAUAGUGUACGUGGAUUAUUGAAGCGCAGUCGCAUGGCUUAUAAUCUUGUGAUAUUCCCAAAUUUCUGGUAAACCAUGAUGUUGAAUUGCAACGCACAAAACAGACACCUUGGCGUAAUAGAUAUUUUCAAGCAGCUUAGUGCCUCUUCUUAAC